GAUAGCCUUCACUACCAUUGACCAUCGUCUACAUAUUUCCAACAAUCUCUACAAGUUUAUAACUAUCAAAAUGUCCGACUCUGCUUCUUUCACCUCCGGCCCCUCCCCGGCCAGCUCUACCAGCCAUGGCUACAAGAAGUCCCUUUCCAGCCGGGCAGACCCCAACACCGCUCUCAACGAGCAUCAACCCAUGGCCAACAUCGGCUCCGUAUCAACCUUCUCCCUCCGUUCCAUCCAACAUACAGACCAUGAGGGGCGAGUUAUCACUGAGCCCGACCUCUCAAACCCCACCCGCCACCGCUUCGAGCGCCCACUAGACACCAUUCGGAACUUUGAAGCUGCGAUUGACAGACAUCGCAGGGAAUAUUAAGUUAGUGUGCAUGCAUUAUAAGGGAUAUGGGUAUGGUGUUGAUAUGGAUAGGUGCAUAUUGUAUAUAUGAUGUCAUAUGGGUCGGUUGGAAUGUUAAUAGCGGGCGUUUUGAACGAUUUGAAUUAUGAAUUUAUCUUUUGACUUGAGUCAGUGUCGG